GAGAGAGAGAGAGGCGUUGCAGAGGCAUUGGUGGUUACUGAGGAAGAGAGAGAGAGGCGUUGCAGACCCAUUGGUUCACCACUUGCUUUCCAACGCUAUUUGGUUUUCAAUUUCGAUUCUUCCUCUCUCAAUUCUAACCGUUGGGGGUUGGCCCCAUUUGCCUUAUACUCUCGCCCACAUCUUUGAAUUUGCCUCCUCCUCCUCCUUCCCACUCUCCACUUCCUCUGCUUCACGUCUUUCAAAACCCACAUUACAUUUCUGGGCUUCUCUUCUGUUUCUCUCUACAUUUCUCUCUCUUUGCUCUGUAUUUCCCUGGAUCUUCGGUUCUACCAAGCCCCCAUCAACAACAAAUUACUGCAAAGGGAUAAGCUUGGUUUUUCUUUUUUCAACCCAUUUCCAUAAUCUAUACUUUCGUUUGCUCUCCUUUUGAAGUUCAUCUGGGAUUGGCGUGUGAGGGGUAGGAGGACAAUGGGAAGAUUAGGGUUUCUGAAGUGGGUUCUUUUGAUUGGGGUUUUGGGUUGCUGUGUGGAAGGUCUUGGGGUUAACUGGGGAACCAUGACCAAUCAUAAAUUGCCACCCAAGACCAUUGUGCGGAUGUUGAAGGAUAAUGGGAUUCAGAAAGUGAAGCUUUUUGAUGCAGAUCAGUCCACCAUGGGAGCUCUGGCUGGGACUGGUAUCGAGGUCAUGGUUGCUAUUCCCAAUGAUCAACUCUCCGCCAUGGGAGACUACAAGCGAGCCCAGAAAUGGGUGCAGAGGAACGUCACCCGUUACAACUUUGAUGGAGGAGUUACCAUCAAAUACGUUGCUGUUGGCAAUGAACCAUUUCUGUCAUCCUACAAUGGAUCAUUCUUGAAUGUUACCCUUCCAGCCCUUCAGAACAUUCAAAAUGCACUCAAUGCAGCAGGUCUUGGAGAGUCCAUCAAGGCAACGGUGCCUUUAAAUGCUGAUGUCUACAACUCCCCGAGUAAUAGCUCGUAUCCCUCAGCUGGUAGGUUUCGUAGUGAUAUUAAUGGACUCAUGACUGAAAUUGUCCAGUUUCUAAGCAAAAACAAUGCACCUUUUACUGUAAACAUUUACCCUUUCCUUAGUCUUUAUGGCAACGCCGACUUCCCUUUCGACUAUGCCUUCUUUGAUGGUGCAAGUAAUCCUUUACUUGAUGCUGGCACUGGGAUUCAGUACCACAAUGUUUUUGAUGCAAACUUCGAUACCUUGGUUUCGUCUCUGAAAGCUGUUGGAUUUGGCGACAUGCCGAUUCUAGUUGGCGAGGUCGGAUGGCCAACCGAUGGUGACAAGAACGCCAACGCUGCCAAUGCUUAUAGAUUCUACAAUGGCCUUCUACCAAGGCUUGCAGGCAAUAAGGGCACCCCUUUAAGGCCUGGAUUCAUUGAAGUAUACUUGUUCAGUUUUCUGGAUGAAAAUGGGAAGAGUAUUGCUCCAGGAAACUUCGAGAGACAUUGGGGUAUUUUCGGGUACGACGGUCAGCCAAAGUUUGCAAUAGAUCUUUCUGGUCAGGGCCAAAACAAACUACUUGUGGGAGCACAGGAUGUGCAGUAUCUUCCUCAGAAGUGGUGUAUGUUCAAUCCAAAUGCAAAGGAUCUCAGUAAACUUGCUGAUAACAUAAAUUAUGCGUGCACUUUUUCAGAUUGCACUUCUCUUGGAUAUGGAUCUUCUUGCAAUAAUUUGGACGCUAAUGGGAAUGCUUCUUAUGCAUUUAACAUGUAUUUCCAGGUGCAAGAUCAAGAUGAACUGGCCUGUAAUUUUCAGGGCUUAGCCACAAUAACCUCACAGAAUCUUUCGCAAGGUACUUGCAAUUUCAUCGUCCAGAUAGCUUCCUCCUCCUCGACCCCGUCCUUUGCUGCUUCUUUUGUUAGUUUAUUAGCAUCUAUGGCCUUGUUAUUCACUGCAUUGUUGCUAUAAUUUCUUCUGUGGAUACUCUGAUGGAUGCCCCAUUUUGUUACUUCUUUACUUCAUUUUUUUUUUUCUUAUGGUUCGUAGGUUUUUUUUCUUUUUUCUUUUUUUACCUCAUUUUUAAGUUCUCUAUGAAUUGAUUGAUUCUAUUCAAUCACUACUCUGGUUCUAUGCAUACAGUCAUGACUGAGAUUUUUUGUUGAA